AUGGCAGGCGGUCCUGGAGGAACUUCAGAAGGUUUGGCGACUGCCAGUCUACUAUGGGCGAUUGUGAUGAGUGCAUUUGCCGCAUUCGGUGGUAUUCUCUUCGGUUAUGAUACGGGGACCAUUGGCGGCAUCAUCGUCAUGAAAGACUGGAUAGAGACUUUCGGAACAUACGACCCGAGCGGGGUGCUCGGCACGGAUACCCAAGGCAGAUUCCUCAAGACGGCCAACAAGAGUUUGGUGGUGUCCAUUCUAUCGGCAGGCACUUUCGUUGGGGCGUUGUUCGCAUAUCCUAUGGGCGACAUCGUUGGGAGAAAAUGGGGCAUUGUGGCAAGCUGCUGUGUCUUCAGUCUUGGGAUCGGGCUGCAGUUGGACACGCAGUGGGCGACGUUUGUCGUUGGUCGAUUCAUUGCUGGGCUUGGUGUUGGACUCGUAUCCUGCCUGGUCCCCAUGUACCAGAGCGAGUGCGCUCCCAAAAGUCUCCGCGGUUUGAUUGUUGGGUUGUACCAACUAGCGAUAACACUGGGUGCCCUCAUUUCGGCUAUCGUUCUCAAUGCGACCAAGGAUUUCGGCGACCACAGCGCCUGGCGCAUUCCCAUCGCUGUACAAUUCGUCUGGGCCUUUGUUCUCGGUGGUGGAAUGCUCCUCCUCCCCGAAUCGCCUCGAUAUCUACUGUACAAAGGACGCGUCAACGCCGCAAGAAAGGCACUAUCACGCUUCACGAAAACCCCUCCCAACUCGCCCGAAGUUGACGCGCAAACCCAGGAAAUUCAACAGGCUCUUGCCGCCGAGCAAGAGAACGCGAAUGCUAGUUGGUUUGAGGCAGACUGCUUCCGCAACACUGAGUCGAAGAACGGGUUGCGCACUUGGACUGGUAUCUGGCUUCAAGCUUGGCAACAAUUGACGGGUAAACCACAAGGUUUUAUCUCCCCCGAUCACUUUGCUCAUACUCUGGAAGGUAUCAACUUUAUCAUGUACUACGGCACCAGUUUCUUCAGCAAUUCUGGGAUCAAGAACUCGUUCAUCAUCACGAUUAUCAUUGACGUUGUCAACACUGCUAUGACUAUCGUCGGCAUUCAACUUAUCGACAGGGUGGGCCGUCGCCGGCUUCUUCUAAUCGGGGCGGCGGGAAUGCUCGUCUGCGAAUAUAUCAUCGCUAUUGUCGGAACUACUGUCGGUCAAGCUGGGGCAGGGGGCAUCAAUUUGGCUGCCCAGCGUGUUCUCAUCGCAUUUGCGUGUUUCUACAUCGCAUUCUUCGCGUGUAGUUGGGGUCCGGUUGCGUGGGUUGUUUCUGGGGAAAUAUUCUCUUUGAAACUCCGGGCGAAGAGCAUGUCCCUUGCUAUCGCUAGCAACUGGCUUUGGAAUUUUGGGAUUGGGUAUGCGACACCAUAUCUUGUUGACCAGUCCACCAAGGGCCAGCCCAAUGGUGUCGCUACUGCCUCGUUGGGCGUCAAGGUCUUUUUUAUUUGGGGAUCGACGUGUGUCGGGUGCCUCCUGUUCGCCUACUUCUUUAUUCCCGAGACGAAGGGUCUGUCGCUCGAGCAGAUCGACCUGUUGUACAGGAAUUCGAGUGUGCUGGGCUCUACGAGGUAUCGGAAGGAGAUGUUGCUUGACAGCGAAACGGAGGCGGCCAAAGGGAACACGGAACAUGUCGAGGAUGCCUCUGACGCGACGAUAUCUGACCCGGGGCUGCGUGAAAAGGGAAAGGUGUAG